UUCUGUUGCGCUUUAGCGUAUCGGUGUCUGAUUUAUUGCAAAUGUUAUAUGUUUCAAAUAGAGCAAUAUUUCAAAUUGUUAGUGAAGAAGAAGAAGGUAUUAUUGUUGAUACACAAUUUGAAUUUAUCGUUGUUUUUGCCAUGCUGUGAUUGAAAAAUUUUGUCUAAUGUAAAAGUUGGGCUGUCUAUUGAGCAACGAAUGUACUGUCAAAGAGAACUCUAUGCAAAGACUAAUUUUCUGACAUGUUUAUCAGUUUCCAAGGAAACGCUUCUUUGCAUUGGAAUUUUGUUCAUUAAGACAGUUUUUUACAGGCCAGCUAAGAAAUUAUAUAUAUCAAUAAGAUCAAAACUGGAAGUGUGACUAUUAUAAUUAUAAAUUUUGCUCCGGAGCUGUAAUAUGAGAAAAUUCAUAGAUCGAAUCGAUCGUACUUUGCAUAUGUUUUUACAUAGCUAUACUGACUCAGUGAUGCCACUUGAUUUAAAUAAAUUGAAAAAAAGAACAUCAGUCCUUGAGCGACCUAAGAAAAAAAUUGAUAGAUUUGAUGGAUUGUCAGAAGAAGAAAUACGGAAGAAGUACACGUUGGAAGAUUACUUGGAGAUGAAUUUAGAUGUAAUUUUUGUUGGGAUCAAUCCAAGUCUGAUGGCGGCGCAUCGUGGUAGAUAUUACGCGGGUCCUGGUAAUCACUUUUAUAAGCUGCUACAUGAAUCUGGCCUAACUCCAAGAUUUGUCAGCUUCGAAGAAGACUAUAAGCUCUUGCAAUACGGUAUCGGCUUGACGAAUAUAGUUACUCGUGCCACCAGGUCGGCGGCAGAUCUCAAGCGAACAGAAAUCAAGGAGGGUGCGAAAGUCGUGGAGGAGAAACUGAGACUCUAUAAACCUAAAGUUGCUGUAUUCAACGGUAAAUGUAUCUACGAAGUAUUUGCAAAUAUCUCUAGUAAAUCCAUAUUUCACUUUGGAUUGCAACCUGAACGUAUCGGCGACACCGCAAUUUGGGUAACACCGUCAAGCAGCGCACGAUGCGCCCAUUUCCCCAGAAUGGUGGAUAAACUACACUUUUAUAUGGCAUUGAAGAAAUAUUUACAUUUUCUCAAAGGUGAGAUCACUAACGUAGAUCCAAAAGAAUUCUAUUUCGAAGGAAAGUGCAAACAGUCUGUGCCCAGUACCUCCAAAAUGUGGCGACGAAAGAAUAUCUCAACUUUCUUGCAUGGGGGUAGAGUCGUUAACAAAAAUACUCUUUGUCAAAAUACAUCAGAGGAAGAUAUUGCAGCAAUUCAUACUAUGGAAUUUCUAGUAGAAAUGUCUAAUGAAAAGGAUGGUAGCGAAGACAAGGAUGCAUCUCUCAACAAAGACAUAUGUGCUCAAGAAAACGUCAAUAAAGCGUUUAAAGAAGCUGUGGAAAAUGAAGGGAUAAAGAAGUUUGAAGGUGUUUGUGAGGUCAACAAUGGAGCAGUAACUGCUGCAGAAUCAGAAAACAAAGUAACCGAUAACAAUAGAAAAGAAAAUUGCAAUGCUGUAGUUAACAAUACGUCCGAUAAGAAAACUAAGAUAGCAAACUCUAAAAAUAAUAAUAAAUGCACGUCUUCGAAAAUGGCCAGCAGAACUCUGAAAACUCAAAGUAGCUUUAUAAGUAAUAAUAAUAGAGAUAAUUCAUUGGACUUCAUGAGCAUAAUAAAACAAAAAUUACUUGAAAAAAAUAAUAGUGAUGCAUCUACGAUCGCAAAAUUGAAAAGUACUUAAAUAAAUUAUAUUUAA